UUCCGACAUCAUUUGUGAUUUGACAUCCUCGGCAUUAUUUAUUUAUAACAGCAUUCCAGGCAAAUUAAUAAGAAAUUGAGUUUAACAAAAAGUGUAAGAAUAUAAACUAAUUAAAAAAAUUUGUGCAUAUUAAGCCUAAAUCUGGAAAGAAUGGAGAAACUUAAUUCCACGCUGGGCGCAGUGAGAUCACUGCGUUCAAGCGUUCGCCAAUGCUUUGAGCAAUUGGCUGAUGGAACGAACGCCGAAUUGGCUGAAGACAGUCGAACAAAGUUUCUCCUAAAGUUUCAGGAGAAUUUUAAUAACAUGAAUGCUCAACUGAGGGAAGUUGAAAGUUUAAUUAAUGGCUUACAAGCUCCACAAACACCGUACUGCCUUGGUCAAACUACUUACCUUGCGCAAGAGACAGCGCCUGAGCGGCAGGCAUUAUAUUCGCAACUGGUGAACAGUUACAAAUGGAUUGACAAAGUGCAUGACCAUAGUUUUUUGGCUUUUAACAAUUUGAAUCAAAACAAUCUUAGACGGUCAUACGUAUAUUGUUCCCAAAAACGUGUACGUAUACCAUUUACAUCGUGUAAUAAUUUCGAUCCGGAUCAUACAGACAAGUUACUGAGCGAAAUAAACCUACCACUUACAAGCUAUCAAGUGUGUCGACCUUUUGGUUCCAAUGUUGUUGUGAUUGUUACAAUAAGUCGAGUGCUCAAAGCUGCGAUCGUGUGCAAGGGUGUGCUUAUUGAAUGGGUUACAGUUAAGGGAUUCGACGAAACACUUGACCCAGACGAUUUAUGGGCUGAAUCGCGUUAUGAAGUCUUCCGAAAAGUUCAAGAGCAUACCCAUAUUGCAAUGUUGCACUUCUUCUCGCCCACACUACCCGACUUGGCCAUAAAAAGCUAUAUGACUUGGCUACACAGUUACAGUAAGUUGUUUUUGGAGGCUUGUAAAAGAUGUGGAAAAUUCGUCUCGAAUGGGCUGCCACCAACUUGGCGUGAUUUGCGUACACUUGAACCAUUUCACGAGGAGUGCCGCAACUGUUGAUUUUUUAGAUACUAAGUCCAAGAAUGAAUAAAAAAUUAAAAUAUCUAUA